UCAAUUCGGCUUGUUAAAAACAAUUGAUGCACUUGUUUUUAUAGAAGAUUAAUUGCGGCCAAUCUGAGGCAAUAGCACUUUUGACACUGAGGAGGAGGUAGAGGACAAGAUCGAGAAUCUAGGUGAGACUGCACCUCCAUCUGUUUGAAGGAGGAAGCAUCGGAACAGGAUACAUGUCAACCAGCAUCAUAGAAGUGCAGAACGUCCAAAGAUAGAGUACACUACGAACCUUUCCACCAUGAAGUCAUUUAACUCCUUUAAGUCAUUGAUAAUUCCUUCUGGUUUUCCAUUCCCACCUUUUGCAACUAAUGGAAUGACUUGGCUCGAGUGAAAUGGUUUCAUAUCAGGAGUGACUUUUAAGAAAAAAGAAAAAAUUCUUUUUAAGGACCAACAAUGUUUAGAUAAUGUUAAGAACAAAGCAGCUUGGAACUCUUUCUCAGUGUGCCAGAUCCUUUUUCCUUAGUGGCUCACGAAGUGGUGCUGCAGAUGGAGCUUCGUGCACAUGCUCUGAAGAUGAAACUUGCGUUUCCAAAAGACAGUCAACAAGUGCUGAUAUUCUGUUCACACAAAAAGCCCCCACCUUGGCAUCUAAAACCACACCAGGAGCAGGAAUACCUCUUUCUACUGAUGCAAGAGGACCUUUCAGUUAUUACAAAACUGAAAGCUGUGGCUACCCAGCUUCCACCACACAUGUUCCGUCUGCUCCCAGCUCUUCUUUGAGGUCAGAUGGUAGUUCUACAGAUAACAAUGUCCAUGCUGCUCAGAAAGAUUUGGGCCAUUCAUCUCUGCUGGUUACCGAUCAUUUAAUUAAGGCUGGCAUUGCGAUGGUUGGUGUCUUAUCCGAUCUAGUGAACUACAGGAUCCCAACAUUAGAUGGCAGUGGGCUACUUGUGCCCCAGAAUUGCAUGGUCGAUUCUACUAGGCCCCUCAGCAACAUCAGUUCAUCAAAUGGGAAGUCUAAAAAAGCAGCUGAUUUCUCUGAAGUCCAAUCAAAUCUAUCUGCUGACACAGCAACGGGGUCGAGAUCCAGAGCUCAAAAUCAUGAUCCCAAAGGUAAAGCCGGAAAGCCUGGUCCAGUGAAAGCUUUGCAACAUGUUCCGAGUGAAAUGAUGGGGACUUCUGCAGGGACUCGUAGUUCAGCUUCCAAUAAACAGAAUCGGAGGCGGCCAGUACCUCGGAGAGCAAAAUCUCGUUCAUCUGGUGUCCUUCCAAAUGUGAAGUCUGGUGGAAGGAAACCAGAAGAAGUUGCAGCGGCCAUGUCUGAAACAAUUGGAUCUGUGGAUAAGGUGCAGCAACCUAUGAGAUCUGCAAGAAUGUCUGCAGGUCCGGCCAUGAGGUCUGGGCACCCAGUGGAUAAGGUGCAACAGCCUACGAGAUCUAUUAGAAUGCACGCAGGAGCUGCUCCAUUUGUUAGUCCAUCUGUAAACACGGGCCGCAUAGUUGAUCAUGUCUAUCACAUUUUGCGGCAUCUAAAAUGGGGACCUGCUGCGGAAGAGGCUCUGGGUAAUCUUAGCUGUAAAUUGGAUGCUUACCAAGCAAACCAAAUUCUGAAACUGCUUCAAGAUCAUUCCGUUGCUUUUGGCUUUUUCUACUGGCUGAAAUGUCAGGAUGGGUUCAAGCAUGAUGAGCAUAGCUACACAACCAUGGUUGGCAUCCUUGGACGGGCCAGACUGUUUGGGUCCAUAAGGAGGCUUCUCGAUGAGAUGAUCAGGGAUGGUUGCCAGCCAAAUGUGGUAACUUAUAACCGUUUGAUUCACAGCUAUGGCCGUGCAAAUUAUAUGGAUGAGGCAGUCAACGUUUUCUACCAAAUGCAGGAAGUGGGGUGCAGACCUGAUCGGGUUACUUACUGCACGCUCAUUGACAUCCAUGCUAAAGCUGGGUAUCUCGAAGUUGCAAUGGAUAUUUACAGAAGGAUGCAAGAAGCGGGCCUCUCUCCUGACACAUUUACAUACAGCGUGAUCAUCAAUUGCCUUGGGAAAGCGGGCCAUCUUUCUGCUGCUUAUAAGCUAUUCUGUGAGAUGGUUGCACAGGGUUGUGUCCCUAACCUGGUCACUUACAACAUCAUGAUUGCCUUGCAAGCAAAGGCAAGGAAUUAUCCUUGUGCGUUGAGGCUAUACAGGGACAUGCAAACUGCAGGUUUCCAGCCUGAUAAGGUUACUUACAGCAUUGUUAUGGAGGUCCUUGGCCAUUGCGGGUAUCUCGAUGAAGCGGAAGCUGUGUUUGCAGAGAUGAAACGGGAGGAUUGGGUUCCUGAUGAGCAUGUGUACGGUCUCCUGGUGGACUUGUGGGGGAAGGCUGGCGACGUUGACAAGGCCCGAGGAUGGUAUCAGUCAAUGCUUGAUGCAGGGCUGCGGCCAAACGUCCCCACUUGCAAUUCGCUGCUCAGUGCAUUCCUCCGGGCCAACCGGUUCUCUGAUGCCCAUGAUGUGCUGCAGAGCAUGUUGAGUUUGGGUUUGCAUCCCUCGUUGCAGACAUAUACGCUCCUCCUUAGCUGCUGUACAGACACACGAUCUCCAGGUGACAUGGGUUUAUGCUGUGAGCUCAUGGCAAUCACUGGCCACCCUGCACAUGUAUUCCUACUGACCAUGCCAGCAGCAGAACCAGAUGGGCAGAAUGUUCGGGACCAUGCAGCCCAGUUCUUGGAUCUGAUGCACACUGAGGAUAGAGAGAGCAAGAGAGGAUUGGUGGAUGCUGUUAUAGAUUUCCUUCAUAAAUCGGGUCUCAAGGAGGAGGCGGGCUCUGUGUGGGAGGUGGCCGCACUGAGGAAUCUCUACCCAGAUGCAGUGAGAGAAAAGAGAUCCUCAUAUUGGCUUAUUAAUCUCCAUGUCAUGUCUGAUGGAACUGCUGUGACAGCACUCUCAAGGACACUGGCAUGGUUCCGCCGCCAAAUGCUUGCGUCGGGCAUUGGACCCAACCGAAUCGAUAUUGUGACAGGUUGGGGCAGGCGCAGCAGGGUCACGGGUUCUUCUAUGGUUCGACAGUCUGUGCAGGAGCUGCUACAUCUCUUUGGGUUUCCAUUCUUCACUGAAAAUGGCAACUCAGGGUGUUUCGUGGGAUGUGGGGAUUCUCUCAGCCGAUGGUUACUCCAAUCAUAUGUGGAGCGUAUGCACUUGCUGUGAGUCUCUGUCU